GACGACUGAGGAAAAACUUCGUAGCUAUGGUAUGAAGGAUGGGCCUGCCUCAAGAAUUGCCGAGUUCACUAAGGAAGUUAAGGAUAAAAAACUGAGAGCGUUUUCGCCAUUUGUCAGUCUGAAGGAAAAGAUAAGCACUUCAUACAUUAAAAGUCAUGCGAAACGAAUACGUCAUGGCAGUACUCCAUUCAGCUCACCACAUCGUCAUAGACGAAACUGGAAAAGAAUUAAGUAUGCGCCCCAGCAUGAUUACGCAAUAAAGGAUCUUGAGGAUCUUCUCCGCAUAAUCGAAGACAAGCAACAUAAAGUCCCCUUGGGCUUUGCUCAACCUGACGCGUUGCCAAGCCGUUUAGGUGGUUGUUUUGACUGGAGGUGCCCAACUCCUUUCCUAUCCCUCGCCACUUUCCUUACCUUAGAUAUUUCAUCUUUGCUCAAGGCAGAAGCAACCUUUCUCCACUUUCCAACGUAUGAAGUAAAUUUUGAUAAAGA